CGAUCAAUGGGCACGUCUUCAACAUCACAAAUUUCUGGAACAAACCGUAUAGUAUCCUCGACCCCAACGCGAACAGGCAUUAAAGUAACGCCCCAACAAAUGACGGCUCUAAAAUUAGGUAAUCAAGGUCAAAAUGCACGCAUCGUACAAAUCGGAAAUGAUUCCGGAUCACACACAAAUCAUUCAAAAAAUAAUAUUCUGAACAAUUCACAUGGCAUUAAAAAAGAAACUCAAUCAGUACAAAGUUUUAUGCGACGCCGAAGGAAUGCUGAUCGCAGUGGUAAAGGAUUACGUCAUUUUUCUAUGAAAGUCUGUAAAAAAGUCGAGGAAAAAGGCACUACCACAUACAAUGAAGUGGCUGAUGAGCUGGUUGAAGAGGAAGCAAAUGGCCAACCGUUGGACUCUUCAAACUAUGACCAGAAGAAUAUCCGUCGUCGUGUAUAUGACGCUCUAAACGUUUUAAUGGCUAUGAACAUAAUUUCGAAAGAUAAAAAAGAGAUCCGCUGGAUUGGACUGCCCACAAAUUCGGCACAGCAAUGUAGUGCCUUAGAAGCUGAAAUGGAGAUGCGGCGAGAGCGCAUUGAGAACAAACAACAACAAUUACGCGAGCUCAUUUUGCAGCAGGUUUCUUUCAAAAGCUUAGUUACACGUAACAAAGAAGCUGAAGAGCGAGGUCUAGUGCCAUCACAAAACUCAGCGAUCCAAUUGCCUUUCAUUACUGUCAACACACACAAAAAAACACAAAUCAAUUGCAGCAUAUCCGAUGACAAAUCCGAGUAUUUCUUUUCAUUUGAUGAUAAAUUUGAAAUUCAUGACGAUAUCGAAAUUUUGAAGCGAAUGGGAUUGCUAUUGGGUCUGGACAAGGGCGAAUGUACUUAUGAUGACAUUCAACGUGCAAAAUCAAUGGUGCCGAAAUCAUUUCAACGAUAUAUUGAGCUGUAUGGCAAGGGUAAAGAUGACUCAAAUGAUUGGGACAACACGUUUGGUGAUAUGUUAGAUUCAUCAUUGGAUGGUGAAAUCAAAUCCGAGCCAUAUGAUACAAUGUAUGAUGAUGACGAGAACUAUUCCGAGAACAGCAAUUUGGAUUAAAUGAAACAAUAUGACUGUUCGCAUUGUGUGGGCGUCUAUUUUUUUCUAGUUUUCUAAUAUUUAAAUCGAAAGUUAAAUUGGAAUCAAAUUUAAGAGAAAUAAACAAAUGCAGUCGAAUUGCAUUGAAUCUUUCAACGUGUCAUUUUUAAAGCAAAUAGGGACUAAAAGAUAUGUAAUGAAAAGGAAAAUAUGACCAAAUUUGACUGUAAAAGAAACAGAAGAAAAAAACAAAAAAAAACAGCUAGGAAAUAUAAAGCUAAUUGUUAGGCAUUGCAUUAAACUACUUUUUAAGUGGACUGGAGAUAAUAAACGUUGAGGCAGUGUGUGUGUUUUUUUUUCGAUAAAAUUAUGCAAAUUAAUUACAAUCAAA